AUGGCACAAGGGCUUCGGAAAGCUCGGCACGCGCUACGAAAUGGUUUGCUCCGGAACCCUGCUUCUCCUGCGGUUGGCAAUUAUGGAGUGAACAAUGUGUUUAUUCGAGCAGCUCUGAUUUCUGGGUCACUCAACGAUCAUGCUCAAGCGGGCCACCAAGUUCGACGCCUCGUUAGCACAGCAGACCUCGCCAGUGUAGCCGUCUCUGAGCAACUUCGGGAGCAAGACCAGCCUGUCUUGACUCGAAUCACGAAUGCGGCUGCCCCAGUUAACCAUGUCGAUUCCAUUGUCCAGUCUAGCGCAACACCCCCGCUGAGUCCUCAGACUCCAUCAUCUCCACGCAAUCGUCUUAAAAUCACGCUGGAAGAGGCUGACAAGCCUCGCUAUUGGACUCAUGUACCCCAGUGGGACACCAUAACCCGAAAGGAAUUCAUCAGCAAUGCUUUCCAAACCAGGAAUACAGUCAAAUCCGCCAGAGAUCUAGAGCGCUUCUUGCUUACUGUGCUUCCUGAGCGGCUGCCAACUUCGAAGAACCCGUUCUUGCAACAUCUCAAGACAAGAGAAGAUUUCAUCCGAGACGCUAGAGCUGGGUUGGAGAUUGCUUCAAUGGAGGUUCGGCUCACGCCUGAGAUUUUGUCACUUGUAGAUUGGACGAGUCCUUUGGAUGAUCCUAUCCGAAUGCAGUUCAUCAGCCUCAAGAGUAGCCUGCUACCUGAUCAUCAAGCUCUGACAUUGGACUCUUUGGGCGAAAAAGAUGACUCUCCAGUACCAGGCCUUGUUCACCGGUACCCCGGCAGAGCACUAUUUCUGGCAACAUCAAACUGUCCAGUGUAUUGCAGGUACUGCACACGAGCUUACAUGGUUGGCCCAGCUACUGGUUCGACACAAAAGCAACCCCAAAAGCCCAGUCUAAAGCGCUGGGAGGUCAUGUUUCGGCAUAUCGAACAACAUAGCGAGAUCCAGGAUAUCGUUGUGUCCGGCGGCGACGUGUAUCAGUUAGCGCCGGAUCAUCUUAGAAUGAUUGGCGAGCGCUUGCUAAGCAUCCCCCAUAUCCGUCGAUUCCGUAUUGCUUCCAAAGGUUUGAGUGUGAACCCUGGGCGCAUCAUUGACCCGGCGGACUCGUGGGGAAACACCUUGAUUGACCUGUCGAAUCAAGGGCGAAAGAUGGGGAAACAGGUGUGCUGGCAUACCCACUUCAAUCAUCCAAAGGAAGUUACAUGGAUCGCCAGGGAAGCGGCACACCAUUUGUUCAAGAAUGGGGUCAUUGUGCGCAAUCAGAGCGUGCUGCAAAGGGGGAUCAACGACGACAAGGACACCAUGAGCGCUCUGCUUAAAUCGCUUGCGGACAUCAACGUACAGCCCUACUACGUUUAUCAGCACGAUCUCACAAGGAGUGUCGAGGACCUUAGGACGCCCUUGGAGACCAUCCUGGAGCUCGACAAACAUCUCCGCGGAACGCUCUCAGGUUUCAUGAUGCCGGCUUUUGUCGUUGACCUGCCUGGUGGUGGCGGUAAGCGGCUUGCUUCUACUUAUGACAUGUAUAAUCCUGAUACGGGUGAAUCUGUAUGGAGCGCGCCGGGUCUUCCAGGCGCGAAGGGUAAGAAAGUAUACAAGUACUACGACCCGCGUCCGUUACCUGCAACCGUCGAAGAAUUACAACAGCUUCGUGUGCAACAGGAUCUCAUGCACAAGCACAAGUCAACUCGACCAGCAGAUUUUAUGAAGGACCAUGAUGAGGCCAAUGCAGUGGGCCAGGCAGAUUGCAAAGUGCCAGCUGCUGCGUCUGAGUUGAGACAAGCCGUCGGCAUGAAAGAAAAGCGGCCCUCCAUCUCCUCACACCCUACAAAGGCGUUUUUACCUAUCUACACGCCAACUGCUCAGCCCAAUGGCACUAUAUCGCUUCACGCUGCGCCCCCCUCAGGCUAUCCCUCGGGUUAGGAUCUUCUGCGCUUCCUUACCAUGCAUCCUUUGCUGGUACUGACCGAAUUCGCUCCUACCGUGGCUCUUGCACACACGCUUCGCAAUGAUUGCCAUUAUUUUUGUUUCAUUUGGAGGUUGUAUUUACAUUCUCAGCCAACACACCUGUUGAUAUCUAUCGAUAUCUGCCACGUCUUUGGUUCGCAUUACGGUUAUGAUGGCCUUCACGACAUUAAGAUAUACAAAGCGCGC